AUGGAAGCCAGUCAAGAAAAUAAGCUGCGGCGCCGGCUCGGCAAGCAGGCUAUUGCGUUUGCUGGCGUGUUGGAGCUUAAUCCCCGCCACAGCAAGGGUCUGCCACAAACGGAGCCGAGUGUUGUGCGCAUUCUGGGGUUGGUGGCUGCAAAUGGUGGUGCCAGUGCCGGCUCCCUGGUCUUGGCGGCGACCCUGUGCGUUGGCGCUGAGGAGCUAAUGACUCUCGCACACAGCUGGGACAGGCCAUCUGCAGAAACUGUGCCCCAGGGCGUCAACGGCAACGGCAGCAUGGCCUGUUUCAAAAGGGUUGAAAUGUUGUGUGGAGGGAUAAGCUCUGCCAACCACUGGCUGGAUUUGCCGUUUCGGCCGAGCUUCCGACUAGACGGAUUCACCAUCCUGGCAAUCUGGGUGCCAGGGAGUCUCGGCAGCAAGCCGGGUCGGAAACGGGAGACACCACUUGCCAGUUGCCAGUGGACCCGCGACUGGUUGCAAGAGUAG